UGUCAUGAAUUUCUAGUUGUUUUAAUUUCAAAAUUUUUAGUUUUUUGUUUUUAAAACGUUUUGUCAGUUGCAUCCCACAAUAAGCAAUAACCCAGACUUACUUUCACCUUAAACCAUUUAGCAAUGUCAAUAGUUUUGGAUCUCAUACAGAAAAUAGUUCUACAUAAUGCCUACGAGUUGACAUGCCAGGCUGCGGAGCAAAUCCUUAUCAAAUGCCGACAAUUCGACAAAGGCAAAAUGCUGACUUGUUCAUCCUUGAAGCCACAGGACUCGUCUUUGCAUAUACCUGAAGUAAAGGAAUCUAGCCACAAGGCAGAAAAAACUCAAAUCAAAAUACUAAUGAAACCCAAGCCCUUGAAGUUUGUUAAGCGAGAUGCUCCUAGAUUAAAUCUGGGUCCCAUAGAUCCACCGCAAUGCUCUUCCAUGCGCCUGUGCAGAGAUAGUUACUUCUCGUGAGGAACAAUUGAGGCUUUAAUAGAGGGCAAUAAAUCCAUUUUGAUCAAAGUGUAACAGUUAAAUUUAACAAAAAUCCUUGGAUUGCAACUACAAAUAUGA